GAAUUCAACAAAAAUGAUUUGAUUGGUUUGUUGUUUUGAUCAUAUGAAUUUGAGAUUCGCUUCGAUACUUAUCAACAUUGUCAAUAUCAAAACAACUCAUCGUUCGGGAAUUGGAUAUAAGUAUCAGCUAUGGGAAAUAAAGAAAUUAAACCAUCAGUUGAGAACAACAAUAAUUCUAAACAUCAAAAUCAAAAAAAGCCAAUGGAACAAAAAUUGAAUGAUGAAUUGAAUCAAUGUAAAGCCGAAAGUAAUUCGAAAACAGACCGAAUUAAAUUGUUGGAAAAAGAAUUAGAAGAAAGAAAAAAUAUUUGUUAUGUCUUUGUAAUCCUUAUAUUAGCCAUAUGGAUUUAUGUUCAUAUUUUUCAUUAUAUGCCCAAAAUGGAAUCAUUGAAUAAUGAAAUUCGUACGGAAAAUUUUCAUCAAAAAUUAAUUGGCGAAAAAUUAAUCGAAAAACUUCAUGAUUUACAACAAUUGUUGGACAAGAAAAUUGAGGAAAAUAAAGAAAUUUUGUUGAUUAUUGAACAUUCCAGUAAAAAAACCAAACAAAUAAAUUGAAAAAAACAGAUCUUUUUCUGAUUUGAAAUAACCUGAUUUUCGAAAAAAAUUACAUUCAAAAGAAAUCAUAUUCUACUCAUCUUGAUAAAAUGUUCAUUUCUUUCUCAAAG